AUGUUUGCACGAAAGUGUGUGGUAUUAAAAGAUAUGAGGCACAGCAUCUUACGGCUCUUUGCCCGGCGUAUGUCCCAGCAACGUUUCAACCUGCAGGAAGCCUGCUUUGAUACGGAAUAUCUGUUAAAUCCUGCUAAUAUGCCAACUAUUGAAACUAACAUACAACACAGAAAGGGAAUUGGUGAUAUACGACUCGUGCAUAAAAUUGAUGAGCAGCUUUCCGCGGGAACAGCUCUAACAGAAAGCGAACGAGUCACCUUAAAAUCCCAGCUUCAGUUGGAACUUAGCAAAAUUCCCAAUCGUACUCACCCCCAAUUGCUUGAGUAUGGCAACGAGCCAAGAAUUUUGAGACGGUUCAAUGAGCAGCACAAACGUGCCGAUCGGAAAUACUUCCAGUUCAAUGAUAUCAGCAAGAAGAUGAAUUUAUACCGGAUGGAGAAUUUGGGCAACUUUACCGGACAUCGCUCGUACUAUUUGACGGAUGAGUUAGCUGAACUCGAACACGCCCUUAUCAAUUAUACCGUAGAGGGUUUGCGCCGGCGAAAUUUCCAGCUUAUCACUGUGCCAGAUUUGCUACCGGGACGCAUUAUAGAGAGUUGCGGUAUGAGCGUUCAUGGUGAACGCAAUCAGGUGUACAAGUUGCAAAGCGAUGCAAGGGAAUCGCUGUGCCUUUCGGGCACAUCGGAAAUGGCACUGGCUGGUUACUUUGCUGGCCGUGUGAUACCGGCAGAAUCGUUACCAUACAAGCUGAUGGCUGUGAGUCGAUGUUACCGGGCGGAGACAUCAGCGCUGCAGGAGGAAAAAGGCAUUUACCGGGUGCAUCAGUUUACCAAGGUAGAAAUGUUUGCCGUCUGCCGUCCUGAUCAAUCCGCUACCGUGCUCGAAGAGUUUCGUGAUAUCGAAGUGAACCUGUUUGACAAACUUGGACUGCACUUUCUUUUGCUGGACAUGCCGCCGUGUGAGUUAGGUGCGCCAGCCUACCGAAAAUAUGACAUUGAAGCUUGGAUGCCUGGACGCGGCAUGUAUGGUGAAAUAUCGAGUUGCAGUGACUGCACGGACUACCAAGCACGCCGGCUUGGUAUUCGCGUCUCAAACGAUGUCAGAACGGACAGAAUGGAAACAUUUGCCCACACGGUCAAUGGUACCGCAUGUGCUAUUCCGAGAAUGUUAAUCGCACUGCUGGAAAACUUUCAGAACGACAACUAUACCGUAACUAUCCCAGAAGUGUUGCGAAAGUUUAUGAGUGAGAAGCAAUUUAUCCGUAGACGAAAGAUGUUACCGGAGCUAAAGCUAACGAAACGGUUGAUGCAAGAGGAAACGUUCUGA